AUGAACUCGGAAGAAGCUUUUCGUCAUGACGCCGGCGUCACAACAACUCCGCCCCAGCUGCCUGGCUCCGCUACGAGCAGCAUGUCGAUGAAUCCGUUGAUCGGACUUACUCAACAGCAGCCGACAUCCUCAGUACAUCUGCCUGGUCUCCAGCUUCCUCUUGCGCCUGAGCUUGCUCUGCUGCUCCAGAAUCUUCCUCAACAUCAACCGCCGCAGCAGCAACCUCAGGCUCCUGACGUGUUUGCCCUGGCCGCCGCUCAGAUGCAGGCGCAAUUGACCGCGUCUUUGACAUCGCAAGCCAAUCAGGCACAUCAAAACGCGGCCGGCUUCAAUCCUCUUCUGCUCUCGCUCGUCAAUCUUCAACAACCUUUCAAUCCACUCUACUCGAACCUGGCCAAAAUGCUUCUGACGCUGAAUAUGAACCAACAGUUGCUGGCGGCUCAGAAUCCAGCCAACGACUUGCUCGCCGCAUUAUCACAGGAAAACGCUCUUUCGGGCUUGCCGCGACCUGCCAACGCCGUCCCAAUACAGCAACAACUCGGCUUUCCGCAGUUGGCCCAAAUGCAGGCGACUUCAAGACCUCAGUUCACAUCGUCUUCUCAGGCUCAGUUCGUACCGUCGUAUGCACAGCAGCAAAUGUCACUCAAAAGAUCUGCUCCCUCUUCGAUUCAGUCCGCAAUUGAAAGAAAGAAGUCGUGUCCAGUGACUCGUCAGCGGCCGCAGCCAACUGCGCCUCCAGCUCGGCAGCUCUCGCAACAGAUUGCUUCGAAACAUCAUCAGCACCAUCCUCCUCACAUUCUUCCCAUGUCCGAACGACCCUUGAGAGCUUUGACACCUGUCUGGGAAGAGAUGAAGAAAUUCAUCGCCAACAUUAGCGACGAGGAUAGGGAGAAAAACAACCAAUUCAAAAAAGUCGUGAUGGAUCGACUUGAUAUUAUUCUACUCGAGGAACUUGGACCUUACGAGAACAAGCCGUCUGAUAAGCCAAAGGAAGAAGAAUUGGUCGAGGACAAACCUGACGCCAAGGAAAAGGAUGAAAACUCAGCAUCGUUGAACGUGGAUGUGGAAGGAGCUUCGCCAGAACCGCCGCCAGGAACCGUCUCUUCGGCCUUUCGUAGAGUGAGUCGCAACAUGGAAGCGAGUGCCUCGAGCAACACGGACAGCUCGGAAACGAGCAAGCCUUCUACCUUGUCGCCAAGCUCUUCGCCGUCACUGAGCCCCACCGCCGCCGCUUCUCCUACCGGUUCGCAGUCGGCAGAACUCUGCGAAAAAUUGCAAGCCAUUGGCCUUGAACACAAAGCCCACACUAUCCUACCAGACGUCUUCUGUAACAGCGACGCUAUCUUCGACCAGGUGGAUAUUAUAGCAUUUCAGUAGAUAUUUUCUAAAUUACCAGUUCAACAGCCCUUAAAAAACUUUUUUACUUAAAAAUUUAAUCGAAUGUCGUGAAAGUCAAAAGUUCAGUAGUCCUUAAAGUGCAUCAAUUUCGUGUAAUGGAUUGCAAAACCAAAAAAUCGUAUGACUCGACAAUUUUCCGUCUAGGAGAAAAGGAGAGAAAAGUUUUUUUUUCUUUUCUUGAUUUCUUGGAUUUUUGCGGAAUUCCUAAACUUUGAUACAACUAAUCAAUCAAAAAAUGUAGUGACUGUACCAAGAUUCUUGUUCAGAAGUUCCCGUUGAUGUGGUCGGGCGCAAUGAAAAUGAAACAGCAAGUGGUGGCCGUGAACCUGCACUUCAUCAGCGGCAGCAAGGAGUUCUUCGCGAAAACCUUUGGCUCCUUCGAUGGACAGCAUCGUGAGAUGGUCCACAUCAAGCAGCAGAUGCGUCUCGAGAAGAAUCUUAACAGUUAGUUAUAUUCAUUCAAAUUUCGAGGAAAGGUGGUUUGGCACAAAGAGGAAGAUAGUUUCGAGAGCUUUCCUAAAAAAGCUUCAGAAAGGUCAGUCAAAAUCUCAUAAUCUGAAAUUUUCAAUGAGCUUCAGACAAACAUAUUCAUUUCAUUAAGGAAUUUAUGUUACAUUUUUAGUUUUGCUACUAAGAAAAUCUGUAGCUAAAAGCUUUAAUGUAGGGCAUAGUAAUCGUUCUUCUUCCACUCCCUUUUUCUUUUGUUUCAAGGUCGUUCUCUCUUUCUCUCUCCCUUUCGAGAACUGAAAAAUUGAACUUGCCCUAAUUGUCUUCGAUUUUGAACGCUCCGAGGGAAGUUUUCAAUUUUGAAGGUCGGAACACCGAUUUGGCUCAAAACCCAAGUCAAAAUAGGCAAAACAUCCGGUUUUAAGGGGUUUUUUUUCGGUUGAAAUGGAUGUCUCCCAUGUGACUUUCCUCUUCGUUUUUCUUUUCUUCUGCGCGAAUUCAUUUCGUCGCGGAUAUCAUGAUGAAAGGGCGACAAAAAAGGCAGGCGAAACAUCAACAGAAGAAAAAAACUUGAUCUCUCUCCCGUUCCUUCUUUGUUUAUCUUUCCGGAGCGGCGCAAAAGAAUUCUUUUUUUCUUUGUGAGAAAGUUGACCGAAAGGUUUUUUGUUUGAGAAACUGGGGUCAAUGUUCAACUUUUGAAGAUUUGAGCUUCAAGAAUCGGUUUCGAAACGUAAAGAUGCGAUAACUUUUCCCAGUGCAGUCACUUGGAAUCCGCCGUCAUUGAUCAAAGCUGCGUCAAAAAACAAAUGGCAUUUACACUGAAAAACGUUCUCGUCUCUUUCGCUCCCACACGUCCAUGGCGAUAGUGGUUGAAAAUUUUGAAAGAAAGAGAAAGGUUGCCCUUUGCAAAAUAAAAAGGGAAAAGUGAAAAACAGUUAGUUUUUAGUCGCUUCGCACUUUGUAUCGCAUGGAGAAAAUAAUGGCGCCCUUUUUUUUCCUUCGUUUUUUCCUUCUUUUCAAAUGCAACGAGUGGAGAGGCGCCUUGAAAAACAAAAAGGGAAAAUUUUUUGAAAAAAUGCACUCGUUUUCGUUGGUCUCCUCUGCAGGCGCAUAAGAAGGAGUCCAAGGCAAAAAACAACGUCUAGUCUUGGCAGGGUUCUGCCGAAUUUUUUUUCUUUUUUUUCUGGUUGUUUGCCAGGGACGGAGAUCUCUAUAUUGCACGCCACUGGGACUACGAUUACGCUCUUGUUUUCCGGAGGGCGAAAAAUGAAUGGGCGAAUGUGAAAAAUAAUCCAUGGGUUCCGCGAAUCAUCAACAAUGCUUCUUCGGCUUAUACGAUGGGAUACAAGAAGGACGUUCCAGAUAACCUUUUAGGUCGAAAUCGCCAUUUACUCUCAUAUUUCUUUUCAAUAAUCUCCAUUAUCAGUUUAAGAUGAGAGAUGAAAGCGACUGUCCUAAUUUUUGUAAAACACAUUUUUUUAAAGUUCAUACCAAGUUAUUUGGUCAAAAAGUUAAAAAUCUACAUUCAAGUUUCAUAGUCAAACUCAAAGUCUUAAUUUCCAGCGAAGAAAUUUUUUUCUUCUUUUAGAUAAGUCUUCUUUUUCCCGAAGCCUCUCAGUUUUCGAAUUUUGAGCUCAUAAAAGCAGAAGUUGACUCAUUCGACCUUUACCAGAUAAUUUCACUCAGCUUCAAUGAUUUUACGCCCACAAACCCGAAGAUUAAGUAUUCGUUUGAGCAUUACUAAAUUUUUUAUCUCGCCAACCGGACUAAUUUGACAUUUUUGAGCUUUUCUUGAUUAAACUGGGUGAUUUCACGCGUCCCUGCUUCUCAAUUUUUCCCACGUUCUCUGCCCUUUUUGCUUGAUUUGGAAUACGGAGAGGAAAAUCCACACUCCUUUGAAAUUAAAUUCUAUUGGAGGCUGUCGGAUGCACUAGCUGAAUUGGCCGCGGGCUGCGAAGAUUGGCCGCAGUUGUUUUUGGGCGACUGCCACUGCCUUUUGGCACGCAUGAGAAAAGACAUUUAUAAAACAGACCCAAAAAAAAUUUUUAUAGAGUCUGGGAAUGGAGCUGGUCGAGCCUGAAAUUCACACUUUUGAAACAUUCCCUGGGAAUAUUGGGCUUGAUUCACAGAUUUUUCGUGAUAUACUUGGAAUUUUAUAGGAAUUCCCAGUGCGAAGCGACGUUACUUUUUCAUCCAAUCAUGAGCUUUGAUUAGACUCUGGGAAAGAGUUAGCAUCUUAAUAUCGCUUUCGAGGCUUUAGAUAAUCUCCAAGACUCAAAAAGAAAAUAUGAAAAUUCUAUACGAAGAAGGAAAAAGGGAGUAUACAUGUUAGAAAAAAAAAAUCCUUAACUCCAAUUCAAAGGUUAAGGUUAUUUCCCAUCCUUCGAUAACCAUAACUUUUAUUUUUCCUGACGUUUGAAGUUUCAGCUUGAAGUGAUAGGCGUAUUAGAUUCACAGAGCUGAAAAUCCUAAUUGAAUAAAUAAUUUUUCAUCCUAAGUACCAGAACCCACUCGUUCUAGACUCUUUCCUGAUGUUAUUUUUUGGAGCCACGUGAGCCAGGCAAAAACAUCCUCGUUCCCGUUCUCGGCUUAGGCUUCGGAUCGGAACAUUGUUGUUCUUCGUCUGCGCCAGUUGUGUGUGCCAGCCUCGUGAGUGUGUGUUUUGGCGUGAGCGUGCCGGCAUGUCCGCAGCGUUCCUUCGUUCGGUUGGUUUGCCUGGACUCGGAAAGUAACGCCGAGGCGUGCGUGCCGGCUGGCCCACCGAAAAACACGAUAACAAGCCUUGCGGACAACAACACCCUCCGACGACGAAAAUUGCAUUUUGUUGUUUUUUUUUCUGCCCAGGGCUAUGGGAAAGAACAAGAAAAAAAACGUUGUUGAAGUAUUGGCACUCGUCCAAGAUUUUGGUCAAAAAGGGAGAGAUUUUACUUUCAGUUGUUUUUCCGAAGGUCAAUUCAAGCGGAUACUAUUCUGGAAAGUAACGGAAGUUUGGGAAGGUCAAACUGUACUAAAAGAAAUGAUAAAAAGUAAAUAAAGCCUUCAGUUUUUAGAAAAAAACUUUUUGAAUCCGAUUAAUAAAUUCAACUUGAAAGAAAUGGAGAAAGCAAAAAAAACUCUUCUUUUUUUCAACAUAGAAAGAAACUUUAAAAUCUUCAUCAAAUGAUCACAUAAUACAAAAAAUUUGUUUUCUCAUCAUUAAUCGAUCCUUUUACCAAUCACUAACUUAGUGAACCAUAAAACUAAUUUCUUGGCAUUUCUAAAGUUUGUUUUCGAACUUGGCCGUCUCUGCACCUGUUUUCAUCUUCUUUUCCCCGUUCGUUUGAGAAGCAGAAAAUAUGAGCAUAUAUUAAUGAGGUUCCAAGAAUUGGCGAAAGAGAAGCCAGAUUAUUUAUCGCUUUGACGUUCGUUCCGUUCCCAUGAAGAGCUGCUCAGUUCCGGGAAAAUGAGCGGCGAGGUGUUUUUGACUAUUGACGAGAACGGGGUUCGUAUAGCAUACAACUGGACUGCACAAAGUGCUCAUUAGAGAAAAAAGAGAGAGGGAGAAAUGGAGCUGCAGCACCGUAAUCUCAUACUGAAUAUGAAAAAAUUACAAAAAAUGAGGAAAUUUUGGGAGAAACAAAAGAACGUCGAAGAGAAAGAUUUUCUGAACAAGUUUCAGCAAGUUCAAAUUUAGAUGUUACUUAUCGAAGGAAUGGGGGUUGAAACUUUUCGUGACAAAAAAAUUUUUCUUCGCAGCGAAUAUUUUUCCUCUACACUUUUACCUUAGAAGUUUCGCAUCUCUCUUUCCUAAAAAAAAAAGUGCCAAACUAUUAUUUUCAUUUUCGAAAGUUUUGAUUCAUGAAUUAAAAAAAUAUACGUUUUUUUCAGCCCCCGAAUUCUCCGUCUCACACAUUCAUGCGCCAAAUGCACUCCGGAAACUAUGCGACGAUGCUGUGUCUGUGCCGCGGAAGCGACGCCAACUCCAUCCAAGAACAGCAGAACGUCAUGCAGAAGAGCUUCAUCGACUACCUCGACCACAAGCAGAUCGCCGGCAUCGCCCAUUUUCAAGAACACGGGGUACGUCUUCAGAAUCGAAACAAAGAUAAUCAUUUAAUAUGUGCUCCUCUUGGAAAAUGACAGAGAAUGUGUUAGGGAUUCACGCACAAGUGAAAUACAAGGGGAAAUACAACAGCACCGAUUUAUUAAGAGACUGUUCUUUCCAAAGUUCACAAAGUAUGACAAUAGAAUAACCAACAUGUGAGUUUUGCAGGCGCUGCAGCAGACUCUGGUGCACGUCUUCUCUAAUUCGCAGUACACCGACAACUACCUGAAAGGAAUGGCGGCUGGACUCAAGGAGCAUCUCGUGAGCCGCGACAUGAAGUUCCUGCUCGUUAUCCUCACCCCCAAGGCCACCUGA